GGGUGGGGAAAAAAGGACGCGAAACGGAGGGGGGAGCUGUCGCUCGGAAAGCAGGACAGACUCAGAUCUAUCUGGCGGUGAAGGACCUCUCCCUCAGAGACAAGGAUGAGGAGUGUAUUCUCAACUACGAUUGUGCUGCUGGUGGUUCUGACAAUCACUGCUGAAGCCAUAAAGAGAAAAGAGAAAGGAAAGGAGGCAAAAGCAGAACCAGAAUGCUCUGAGUGGAAGUUUGGGAAAUGUGUGCCAAACAGCGGAGAUUGUGGGGUGGGAGUUCGAGAGGCCACCUGCAAUGAGCAGUCUAAGAAACACAAGUGUAAAGUGCCAUGCAACUGGAAGAAGGACUUUGGUGCUGAUUGCAAGUACAAGUUUGGCCGCUGGGCAGAGUGCGACACGGCCAAAGGCACUCGGAGCAGAUCCGGAACACUGAAGAAAGCUCUGUUCAACGCCGACUGCCAGACGACCAUUAAGGUGUCCAAACCUUGCACUCCAAAGACGCCCAAAGCCAAGGGCCCGGAGAAGAAGGGAAAGAAAGGGAAAGAAAACUAAGUGUUGCUGGCCACCCUGCUCCCUCCAAAUCCUCAAUGGAACAUCCCCAUGAACCACUCCUUAACACUCAGUACGGUGCGUGUAGUGCUGCUGAGUGGAGGUUUAUCGGCAAUGAGGAAAACAAACUGUAACCCUCUCUAUAUUUUUUUUUCUUUUGUUGGUACAGUCGUGGUUGUUUCCAUUGUUGUAUUUUUAAAUCAUUUCUGUAGAACGUUGUUAACUUUAUAUUACUUCUCGAUUAAAGGUGUAUGUCUGCAUGGACAAAAACAACACCUGAUUUUUGGCCCUUGGAAAAUGUAUCGGCAACAAUAGAAAAAUGAAAAACGAUUUAACACAAAAAAAAAACAGCUUCCACCACAAACAAUAUGUAUGUAUGUUACAUGAAGUGAAACCUCAAAUCUUUAGUAUUCUUUGCAAUGGUAGACCACCAACAAGUAUCUAUGCUUACAACAUGUCUAUGUUUUUAGAUUUGUUAUUGAUGUACAAUCAAAAUUUCAACAUCACUAACUGAUUACUUCUUCAGGUCUGUGAAUAAACAAGAAACGUAUUUUCAAUGA